AUGUUGAGAGUAGCAGGCCGGAGGCUUUCUGUUUUUCCCUGGAGGUCCACCUGGACACCGACUUCCGCCGCCGCCUCUAAAUACCCAGUCGGCGGAGCCACCGACCACCAGGAGGAUUCUAGAUCCACCUUCUUCUUCUAUCGUUUUUCCUCUACCACUCAUCCCCAAUUUCAUUUCCCUGCCAGAGGUUUUGCUUCUAACUCAGUUGCCCCACAGAAUGAAAGCAGUGGCAUUACAGAGAUUCCGGCAACUGAGACUGCUAUAAAAAAUCCAACUUCAAAGAUAGUUUAUGAUGAGUACAACCAUGAGCGCUACCCUCCUGGUGACCCCACUAGCAAGGAUGUUCUCGCUAUGGCUUCCAUUGAGGUUGAUCUAUCCAGCAUUGAACCUGGUAGCACCGUGACUGUCAAGUGGCGUGGAAAACCAGUCUUCAUCAGGCAUCGAACUGAGGAAGACAUUAAACUGGCUAACAGUGUUGAUUUGGGGUCUCUCCGUGACCCGCAGGAAGACUCUGAGAGGGUCAAGAAUCCUGAAUGGCUUAUAGUCGUUGGGGUCUGCACUCACCUCGGUUGCAUCCCUUUACCAAAUGCUGGUGACUUUGGAGGGUGGUUUUGUCCCUGCCAUGGCUCACAUUACGAUAUCUCUGGCAGAAUUCGGAAGGGGCCUGCUCCGUACAAUCUGGAAGUACCUACGUAUACUUUCAUGGACGAAAACAAGCUAUUGGUUGGAUGA